CGUCCUUCUCUAUUUCUACAAUAGAUCGUUGUUCGGCCGUAUGAUGGAUGAUAAGUCAUGCCUCUAACUGCCUACAGAGCCCGGAUAUCCGGCAGGGCGACAGGUCCGGGCUUUGUCAAGCUCGGCCAUUCGACCUCCGUCGCCCGUUCGUGCCCAGCAGCCCUGAGCAGACUUGCCGCAAGACCAGUGAUAGCUCGGCGGUACAAUUCUAAUGAGACUCAGAGUUCAGUUGGCGACUCGUUGCGAAAACCGCAGUCCAUUGACGAUAUUCGACUUCAGACCGAGUUUGAGAAGAAUAAAGACAUUAGGGACUACCUGCGAAAAUGGCAGGAGAUCACACCAAACACUCUGGACCCAGUUCGCAAUAUCGAACUGUCGGAGUCGUCGCAACCAUGGACGGGGAAUAUGUUCACGUUUGGCUCGGACCUGGAUGACGCGGUUGACGAUAAGCUGCGGCUGACAGACGAGGAUAUGUCCGGCUUUGCCCAUAUUGCUGAUGAGGGAGAGGGUGUAUACGACUACCUACAGCCUGGAGAUCUUGUGGUGUUUCGGAUGUAUGCACCCUUCUGCAGCGCUUGGAAACCGCUAACAAUUGGCAGCUCCCACGAAAUAUUGAGAUACGGUAUCUACGUUCGAUCCAUCAACAAACAACAUCAAUUCUACACCCACAGAGGGAAAUGGCGGAUUGCCGACACUAAAGAUGUCGACUUUGUGGUGAGGGGAUUCGUAAGCCCCAAGUCUGUCAGGCGUCUGCACCCGUACUUUCCAGAUACCACAGCCGAGCUGUUGGGCGAGAUUCAGUCGACAAUUGAAGGAGGAGUACCACGCGAGGCAGGCGCGCGCCUUCUUGAGAAGUUGAAUGAGUUUGACGCGCAGGUCCAGGCACUGUACCGGGCCAACUCAAUUCGAUUCGAUAAUAUCUACGAGGUGGUGGCCCAUCCAGAAAAGCAACUGCAAAUGACCCUGGACGAGCUGGCCUGCGAAGCGCUGGAGAUUGAGCCCGACCAAAUCAAUGAUGUGAUCCGUUAUGUUGUCCAUCGCUCAUGCCGCCAGUUUCCUUUUCUGAUAGACAAUGAUCGAAGCUCUUUGUUCACCUUUCAAUAUGUCAUCUUUCCCACCUCCGUCGCCACCAUGCUUACAAGAGUCACGACUUGGGUCCGCGAGCACCAGUCAUUUCUCGUUGGUUCUGUUACUGCAAAUAGCGUGAAGUCGCAUCAUCCAAUGGUGACAUUCAUUCAAAAGGCGCAACGAUUGAUACGACAGAGCAGGGUUAUCCGCUCGCCGACCGUGAUGGCUUGCGUGGGCCCAUCGGCACAGCGCUUCGCUCUUGAGGGUGCUGGCAUCUCGCAGGUGGUUCGGAAGGUGUCAAACGAGGCCUUUACCAGCUUCAAUGAUAAUGACAAGCUAAUUAUUCGAUUCCUCCAGCUCUGGUGUAUCCCCCCUAAGAGGAUGAAGUCGGCCGCUCUGCAAUCGGCUGGAUCGCAUAUAAUGCGCGCAACAGGCAUGUAUUCCGCAAUGGAGCUGAAUUCAGGAUCGGCCCCUUUGUUUCUGCAGGAACUGGGGGUUUUUGCGCCAUGGGAGAAUCUACGCCUCCUGGAUCAAGACCUGAAUCUCUCCCCAUACCCCCCUACCUCGGACCAAAAGUGGAGUCAGUUCCAGGGUGAAACUCAGAGUUCUCGUAGAAAUUGUCUAGGUGAUGCAAUGGCCGCACUGCGAAAGGACUGGGGCGAAUUGCCCGUGUAUUGUGUCGAUGCUAUCGAUGCGCAGGAGAUCGACGAUGGCAUUUCGCUUGAGCGCAUCCCGGGGUCGGACUCUUUCUGGAUUCACGUUCAUGUCGCCAACCCAUCCUCAUAUUUAAACGUUGGCCAUCGUCUUAUUGAAUAUGCAGCAGCCCGGUUGCAAACCCUCUACGUACCUGAAAGGACAUAUCCUAUACUGCCACCAUCUUUGACACAGGAACACUUCAGUCUCGCCCCUGGUCGGCCUUGCUUGACAUUCAGCGCCAAGCUGAACCUUCAGGGCCAAGUUUUGGAGUCGAAUGUGACUAAUGGCGUUGUUCGAAAUGUCAAGUACAUCACACAUGACAAGUUGCGCAGUGUGUUUGGAGUCGAGGCUGAUAGCUCCAUGAAACCACUGACGGUUGGAGGGAAAAUGCCGGAACGGUCCCGUCCGGACCUGCAAGAUACAUUAUCGCCUGAAGACGAGAACACGUUCCACACUUUACGCCAGCUUAUGCUAGGGUUUCGCGAGUACCGCCGCAAGAACGGCGCAAUGGAGUGGCCCAACAACAUUAACACACCUGUCUCAAUGACAGUCGGAAGACGCCCGCUAGAUCCGCCCUCGAUAGAGGUCACCCAUGGAGGCUACUACAUCGGCGACCCAAUCAUCCAACUCUGCCCUCAGAAAAUCGACCCUCAUGAGGUCCUGGACUUGUCCAAACACGACCUCGUCUCCCUGCUCAUGAACCUCGCCUGCUGGGUUUCAGCCAAGUGGCUCGCCGAGCGCAACAUUCCAGCCGUGUACGACGGCACAAACUACCACCCGGAAUACCCUCCAUUGACUCGAGAGAACAUGUCCGAGUACGGGGGACAGGGAUUCUUCGAACUCGCCGCACCAAGAGGUGUUUCAUCUUCCCGCCCAAUACACCAUAUUCCAUUGGGACUUGAUGCCUACGUAAAGUCAACUAGCCCGCUCCGCCGAUACAGCGAUCUGCUAGCACACUACCAGAUUGAAGCGGCCCUCCGCUUCGAACAUGAGCACGGGCGGCGUCUCGACGCCUCCAACCCCGACGACGCGAAAGCCCUCCCGUUCUCUCAUGAGGACGUCGAAGAGCACAUUUCACGGUCUCGAUGGAAGAAAAAUCGCCUGCGCGCCAUCGACCACGGUUCGAAACAGUUCUGGGCAUGCAUGCUCCUCUUCCGCGCGUUUUACUUUGCAGAAUGUGCCCUCCCCGAGACGUUUGAGUGUCUCGUGCACAGGCCGUUCAGCCAAACGGCGAUGGUGGGCACGCAGUAUGAUAACGGGUUCCUGGGUGCUAUUACUUCGUUGGGUGUGAGGUGUGCAAUUAUUGUGCCGCCUGAAGUGAAGGAUGUUGACGUCUUGUCUGUUGUCGAGGCCAAGAUCACGAGCGUCAAUCUCGCACGGUGUCUUGUCACCGUGCAGGCGACAAGGCUCGUUAAGCCGUUCAAGCGCGUGGGAGAGUGGGCGUGA